UUAUGCUUCAUUUUAACAUCGAAUCCAUCCGAAGCGCUCAGACGACACAAAAGAUACAGUUCAAAAAUGAAUUCAUAGAACUUGAAUGAUGGCUUGCAGUAUUUUGAAAAAGCUCUACAAUAGAGAAACUAGAGAAACGAUAAAGCAACACAGGAGACAGAGACAGUGCCAGUUCUUCAGUAAAAUCCCAACAAGAUUAUGCUUUAGGCUACCCUCACUGGUCUCAGAAGAGGCACUGGAAGAAGGACAUGUGUUUCUGGGUUUCACAAAGUGUGGACAGUAUGUAGUGUCUUACACGUGUACCAUGGAUGCUGAUCACCAGUCAGUACUGCCUAUGUGUACCUAUGAAUACAGACUGCAGUGGUGGUGGUUUGUUCCCAAUCAGCCAUUACAAAAGAUUUCAGAAAUCAAACUAUUUGGAGAGGAAGAAUUGACAGUAGACUUGUACAUUUCUUUUUGUGAGUGGCCAUCUGACCACUGUAAAGUACUGAUAUUUGGACAUAGUAUCCCAAGCCAAACAACAGAUGGAUGUUCCUCAUGUUAUAUGACAAUAACAUCAGUUCCUCCCCUCCAGCAUUGUGAAUUUUGUCAAAUGAUACCUCCAGAUGAAGACAAAAAGCAGAAGCCAAUCAAAUUUCCUUGUAUGAAGCAUGCUUUCUCUGUACAUACAAAGUUUGAGUUAACUCCUCCAUUUCCCCCAUUUGGACCAAGAACACAGUUGAAAAUCAAUGGAGUAGCUGUCAUAAAUACUGGGGAUUCCAUAGUGGCUCUCACAGUUAAUGUAGAUGGCUUUGAUGAAGAGGAAUCUACCUCCAUAGCAUUAACAGAAGUAUCAAUUCUUAUAGACAAUCAAAAUAAAGAUCAGUAUUUAGAGAAUCCAAAGCUUGAAAGUCUUAAGCAGAAUUCCAAGGGACCAGUUUCACCAACAUUGUGCGAGUGUCGUCGUAAAUACACAGACCCCACUCUCUGUCCUUCACCACAUUCUGUGGAUUUGAUGGAUGAGAGUCAGAAGGAAAACAUGGAUGGUGGCUUGUUGAAGGAGUGCACUCGUCAACGCUCUCCGAGAGCUAGUUAUAUGGAGGGAUCAAAGUUAUGCAAGCAUGGUGGGUCUCUAGUGCCUUCCUCACAAGAUUGGUUGGAUAAUAUUAAUGUGAUGACAGAUACCUCACAAACUGGAGAUGUUCUGAUGCAGAAUAAUUCAGUGAUGCAAGAGGUCCAUGAAAGUGGAUCUCAGGUCCACACUAUUGAUAAGGAUAAUUCUCCACUGGAUUCCAUUAAGUGCCUUAAAUCACCCUCCAAAUGUGAUAACAAUGAUCUGAGCAAAUGUAACUCUCCUCUUAUAAGUAUGUCACAGAAGUCCACCCCACCAAACGAACCCACAGAUAAUGCAAGAUCCACAUCAUCUCCCAGCCAGCCCAGCAACUGCCGUUCUCCUGGCCCAGCUAAGUCCCCAGGGCCCCUUUACAGCCCAGUGUGUAGCCCACUUCAACCCAACUCCAACUGUAACAACUGUCUUUUUGGAAUUAAGAAUACUGCUUCCUCCCAACGAUCUUUCUUUUCUCCAUCCAAUAGUGGUACCAGCACCACUAGUACCAGUAAGAGUGCAGACAGUGUGUAUUUACAAGUCAAUGAAACAAGGACUGUUACCUACACUGUCCGCAAGUUCUCCCAUGCUUUACAGAGUGGAAAUCAGUCUCCUGGCAUUGUGGAAGAGGACUUUGAUCUUGCCUAUAGAAGUAUAUUACCUCUAGAAGUUUAUGGUGACAAAGAGAAACCUCUUCCUCCAGCACACUGUAGAGAGGCACCGCAGGAAUGUGUUCGAGUGACACAGAUGACCUUUGAUGUGGAACAUUACUUAGAGGAGGUCAUAGGUCACUUUGCUGAUUGGGGUCACAGAUACAUAGCUUUCACCAACUAUGACCUGCAGAUUCUAGAUGUGUGUGCUGAGAGUACAACAGUGAUAGGCAAAGUGUUUGCAUUAAUACAUGCCAAAGAAGAAUUUGAUACAAACAGGAAAAUCAAACGCAGUAAGAACGCCAUCAGAAGAUAUCAGACAAGUUUCUGUUUUGCUUGGAAUCUUGCCACAGGAGGAUAUGAAACACAAUUCAUUGGUGAUUUGACAGAAGUUGAUGAAGUGGAAAUUCGGAGGAUUGAAAACACUUGGAAAGAAUGGAAACCUGGCUUUAAAGAGUGUGCCAUGCUGAGACGACAGAUGUACAUUCCUCAGUCCACACAAUGUUAUGUCAAUGUGUUGUCAAAUGAGUCUGUCAUUAAAGGAGAGUCCCUCAAGUUCAUCAUAGCUCCUCAGCAUUAUGUUGCCCUCCUGAUCUAGAUCCUAGCAAACUAGCUCUUCAGCAGUAUUUUGCUGUCCUGAUCUAGAUCCUAGUUAGCUCGACCAACACUCAAUCAGUUGCAGAUUUCAUUACAGUUUGAAUCAGUGAUAUUUCAACAAAGAAUAUCUUUAUACUUUUCAUGAUUCAUAUAAAUGUUUUCAUUUUCAUGAAAAAGACCUUUUAAUACAUAUGAAAAUAUCAUACAGUUCUCAAGAAUGUGACAAAAAUAGGUUGUAGAUCUUUCUAUCAUUUCAAGUCAGUGUCAAAUCUUUUGUUUUAUGAACAAAUCCAAUGCAUAAAAGUUCUUCAGGAAUCAGGAUUUUAAAAGGGCAUAUGCACUGUUGUUGCUUUUCAUUCAAAAUAAUGCAAACAUUGUUUUCACAUUGACAUGUACAUAAGGAGUGUUACUGUUACAUGAGAAAUAAAAUUGAAACAAUGA